UUGCACCACACGAACCAGCACACCAUACUGGGUGAUGACAUCUUUAGAGGUCUCCAAAUCAGCACAGAUUGGAAAUGUUUUGUCUGUCAUUUUGAUUCAAAAUAGCACCUAAUAGUUUCCAAACAUAGACUAAAACCUGCUCCUCAGUCUCAGGAAUUAUUGUGCUAGAUUUAACUAUAAUAGAAGUAUCCCAAUCAGUGUAGUUCAUAAUGUUUCAUUCUGCCAUCUUGAUUCAAAAUAAUGUCCAGUAUCCAAAUAUAGAUGAAAACUAGCCCUACAUUUUGGUAACCAUUGUGCAAAGGUUGCCAAUAGUAUUUCAAGAGGCAUACCGAUGUAUAGAGAACAGAUGGAGUGACAGAUGGACAAACAACUCUCCAAAAUAUGUAGCAGACUAGAAGAAGUAAUUCAUUAAAUUGAAAAAUUAAAAGCACUCAUGGUGGAAUGGACAGAUGAAUUCAAGAACGAUCCCCAACUUAGUCUGAUAUCUGCUAUGAUAAAGAAUCUUAAGGAGCAAGGUGUUAUGUUUCCAGUUAUUGGUUCACAGGUUGCAGAACAAGCAAAAGCAAGCCCAGCUCUAGUAGCUAAAGAUCCUGGAAUAGUAGCAAACAAAAAGGAAGAGGAGGACCUAGCUAAAGCCAUUGAAUUGUCACUUAAGGAACAAAGACAACAACAAACAACGCUUUCCAGUCUUUAUCCAAGCACCUCAAGCCUCUUAACAAAUCACAAGCAUGAGGGCCGAAAGGUUCGGGCUAUUUAUGACUUUGAAGCUGCUGAAGAUAAUGAAUUAACAUUUAAAGCUGGAGAACUUAUCACUGUGCUUGAUGACAGUGAUCCAAACUGGUGGAAAGGUGAAACUCAUCAAGGGACAGGAUUAUUUCCUUCUAAUUUUGUAACUGCUGAUCUUACUGCUGAACCAGAAAUGAUGAAAGCCGAGAAGAAAACAGUGCAAUUUAGUGAUGAAGUUCAAGUUGAAACAAUUGAACCAGAGCCUGAACCAGUUUAUAUCGAUGAAGAUAAAAUGGACCAACUGUUACAAAUGUUGCAAAGUGCAGAUCCAACUGAUGAUCAGCCAGACCUCCCGGAGCUGAUCCAUCUUGAAGCAAUGUGCCAUCAAAUGGGACCUCUCAUUGAUGAAAAGCUAGAAGACAUUGACAGGAAACAUUCAGAGCUCUCAGAGCUCAAUGUUAAAGUGAUGGAGGCACUCUCUUUAUGUACCAAGUUGAUGAAUGAGGAUCCAAUGUAUUCGAUGUAUUCAAAACUACAAAACCAACAGUAUUAUAUGGCUCAAUCUGGUGUUUCUGGCUCUCAGGUUUAUCCAGGGCACCCUCAAAGCAAUGCAUACUUGGUAGCAGGAAAUGCACAGAUGAGUCAUGUUCAAGCUUACAGUCUUCCAUCGGAGCAACUUCCGCCUCUGAAUCAAAGCACAGUUCCUCCAGCAGCAAGCUCUGGAUUACCUACCCAGCCUGUUCAGACACCUUACACAAAGUAAUAAUGGAUGUUGUUUGGUUCUUUUAUUGUUUGUUUGUUUUGUUUUCUUGAUUUAUUGUAUUUAUUGUAUUU